UGGGAGGGACUUAGAGUUUGCUGGAGGGUAAGGAAGGCGGAGAAAGAGAGUAUCGAGAGAGUCAGUACCUUCUUACAAGAAGAAAGCAGCACAUAUGAGUAAAUAGUUUUUUUCUAUUGCUGAAUUUUCCUUAGAAAAUGUGUAACUGAUAAGGACUUUAAAAAGUAAAAUCCAAGUGGAAAACGCGGCCGUGAUAUAGCCAAGACAAGAGGUCGAGUUUGUCAGAUGCAGCCAGAAGUGGAGGGUAAACAUUUUGGAAUAACGCAAUGAAUUGAGACCGUUUAACAUAAAGCCAACCGUCCUAAUUUUGAGCAACGUGAGAAAGACUGACGUGGGUAACAACAAAGCUUUGCACGUUAGUGGAAUAUAGGGACUGUUCGUGUGGAGGCUAGCGUUUCAUCCUGAAAGGGAGUAGUUAUGUGGAGAACACUGGUGCUUUGUUUCCUGCUUCUGAUCACCGAUCUUGGACAAGUUAUUGCACAGAAUGUGAAGGUGGAAUCGGAAGUGAAUGGCUAUGAAGGAGAGGAUGUUUAUUUACGAUGCGUUUACGCAGGCAGUUCAUCUGAAACCAGAAUCACCCAAGUUGCAUGGGCCAAAUUUUCAUCUGAUAAAAAACAAAAUAUUGCAGUCUACAACCCACAGUAUGGCUUUAGCUUCCCAGUGGCAAAUUACAAGGACAGGAUUUCAUUCAAGGACGUUUCGCCACAAUCUCUAAAUGAUGCUACCAUUGUCAUAAAAUCUUUAAAAAAUGAUGACGAUGGACUGUACACCUGUGAGUUUGCAACUUACCCAAAUGGUAAUGAAGAAGGAAACUUGCAGUUAAAUGUUCUUGUGAAGCCCAACAGUCAUGCAGAACCAGUUUCUGUCAAUGGUAGCAGCACUGAAGCUGCUGUUGCUGUUUGCACUGCUGCUGAUGGGAAGCCACCAGCAAUAAUCCGGUGGGAAUCCAGCCUGCAAGGUAACUUCACAUCCACCUCCACUAAAGGAUCAUCAAAUGGCACCACAACUGUUACUAGUCAUUACAGAAUAGUUCCUACAGACCAAGCCAACCAAAAAACUGUGACCUGUAUCAUUGAACACAAAGCCAUGAAGUCUCCACAGAGCAUCCCUGUUGUCCUCUCUGUUCAGUAUCUGCCUGUUGCAGUGAUUAAAGGCUAUGAUGAUAACUGGUAUCUCGAUCGGAAAAAUGUUUUCCUACUUUGCGAAGCUUAUGGGAACCCAGCACCUUCAAAGUAUGAGUGGAAGUUAAUAAAUGGAACGCGCUCUGAAAUGGUGAACAGUGGAAAUCCUCGUCUGACUGUGGAACGUGUGGAUGCAAGUUUCAAUGGCACUUUAGUUUGUGAGGUGACAAACAACCUGGGAACAGUUAGGGUCUUCCAGCACAUUCUGGUUAGAGAAGUGCCAGAGAAGAGCAACGCUGGAGCCAUUGCUGGUGGUGUGAUUGGAGCUACAGUGGGUCUUCUGCUGAUCGGUCUCCUUGUCUUCUUCCUGAAGAAAAGAAGCAAAGAAGCCAAAGGAUAUCCUGAACGCAAGAUUGUUUGUGGAGAACCACCCACACAUGUGCUUUCAUACAAAGGUGAAUAUGAUGUGCAGAAGCCACUCAAUACAUCAAAUAAUGUGCCUUCAAUAGAGGAAUUACCAAGGUCUUCUGACGAUGGUUCUAUGGAAAAGCCCAAAUAUGAAUUGUCUGAUGAUGAAGAUGAGGAAAGAUUUAAUGAAGUUGGACCCAUGUUAAGAAUGAGCCGUCACUAUGACCAGACUGCUCAAUAUAUGGAUGAUGAUGAUAUGGAGUCUCAAAGAGAUGGCUCGAUUAUUUCUAAAACUGCAGUUUAUGUUUAAACAGAUAUCAUUGCACUGGCAAACUGUGAAAUCACACCCGUUUGUUAAUGUAGCACACACAAGACUUUCUCCAUUGUCUAAGAGAUUCACUGCUUCACUUUCAAGAUACCCAGGAUAACUGACAGCAUUGGGGCUGAAGACAACCAAGUUGAACCUUGUUUUACUGUUUUUUUUAUGGGGUAUCCUGCUGCUUUGGGGAAAGAGGACUGUUUGGGUCCUAAUUGCUGCAGACUCACCAUUAAUAAACUCAUUUCAGACUUCAUUAUUCCAUCCAGUUUUGCACAUUAUAAGCUGGAAGACCGCUAUAUAGCUAAAAAAAAAAAAUGCCUUCCUGCUGUGACUUUCUGCACCCAACACUUUGGCUUUGACAGUGAAGUCUGCAGUCUGAGCCAUGGGAGUUUGCACACGGAUUAAGAACACAUGCUACUCUGCUGGUGUAGUCUGCACAUAAGUAGUUUCAUGGUAUGCAGAAUUACAUGAACUUUGAUCCUGUAAUGCUAUUUUUAUAGUAUUUAUUAUUGUAGAACAUGAUCCAGUGGAAUAUUUUGCUUACCCUUUUGCAUAGGAAUAUGAACUGAACAAGUAGUACUAUGGUAUAUGUUUAUAUUUAAACAAACGUGCUGUGAAGAAUUAGCUUUGCAUCCAUACUGUAGUGCACUGAUCUCCUGAAUCACUGAAAUUGAGAGCCUCUAUUUAAAAGAAAAAACAUUUUGUAAUAAUCCUCCCCCUCCCCCAAUACCACCAUGCACAGCCCAGACUGCCGAGCAUUGGUUACAUGUCAUGUAUUGGCUGCUGUCUGUGGAUGAUGGUAGUCAUUUUGCAAGGGGAAUAAAGUAUAGUAUGUCAAGUGCUGUAAGUUAUGGUCUAUGGGACUUGCUAUUUCCUGACAUCCCGAUCAACUUCAGAUUUUAUUUCUGCAUGCUAGUGUAAUGUGUAAAUUUUACUGAUUUGUUCAUUCUUUCUUGCUGUUUAGCUGUACAUCUUCCUUGUUUGGUGAGAAUGUGUAUGCAGUUUUUUGUGGCGCGGCAGUGUUACAUGGCCACUUUGUCACUGUUGCGUGUCUUUCUGUUCUUGCCAUACAUAAAGGGUCUGACUUGUGCCACAGACGUGUCAGAAUGUCUUGGGAAAUCAAAUUCCUAACACUGCACUAAUGUUCUUUGGAAGUCAUACUAUGGGAAUUGUAGUAAUAUUUUUGUUUUACAAAACCUGUUGUAGCAGCUUGUGUGAAUAUCAAUUUAUUAUUAUUCCCAAUAGUUGUAAGGUUUUUUUUUUAUUUUCCAUUCUGUUAAGAAUGCAUAAAAUGACAUUACACUGCAAUCUUUCAAGAAGUAGUUCUGCUGCAUUUCAAAAAAAUAACUAACUAGGUGCAUUUUUUACACUGGGAUCUCUAUUUAGUUGCUUCACUAAGUGCAAAACGUAUUGCUGUGUCUAUUGAACAGAAGUGCUCAUUUGAGGCUUUGAUUACAGUCAAGAAUCCAACCCCUUUGUGUUAUUUCCAGUUGCACAACUUGCAUUGCUUCAUAAAUAAGGUAGACUGCAAGUGGCAGUUUGCAUUUAGUUGAAAUGCCAAAUGAUUGAGGAUUGUAUCUUUUUUUUGUAAUCAUGUCAGACUGGGAAUAGAAUUUGGGUUUGCAUAAAUUGUUUUACUUAGCUAGUUUUCCAGUGACAGCAUCUGACACAGCUGGUGAGCACACAAGAGCAGAUCAAGACCUUGAUUGCAGCAACAAGUUGUAAAAAUAGACCAAACAAAAGUAGUGUUUGAGAUGAUGGAAAUCUGAAGGCAUGGCCAUACUGACUUUUGUCUCAGAUGAAUCCCUAACAGGAUAGGACCUGAUGUGGGGAUUGGUCUUCUGCUAAUAUACCUGUUAACAAAAAAUUGUGCUGUAUGAUCUUUUUUUAUCGGAUUUCAACACAUCUGUGUAUUCAGUUUUUUUCUUGUGCCUUUUGACAAGGAUGCUGUAGACAUUAAUUUGGUUAAAUUCCAGCAGCAGGAUAUACAACUACAUGCAGUGACUGAUGUUUGGUGGCAGAUUGGGCUAUGCAUACCAUGUAGUUGCAGCUUCCAUUACUUAAUGUGGGGGUAAAAACUGUGUCCUGUUGGCCUAUUGCAUGCAUAUCUUAAUUUUAAUAAAAAUGUUUUAUUUUCAAUGUUCUUGUUUGUGUCGAUGUUUGGUAUAUUUUAAAUAUUUUGUGAGCAGCAGCUUUUUAUUUCCAUUUGGGUUUUUUAAUGUAUAUAUUUAGUGUUUUUGUGGAAGUGAGCUUCAUCCCAUGCAUUUUUUGUUUGGGCAUUUAUAGUUUUGGGGAGCAUUUGUGUUUUGAUAGUUUCACCACGUCAGACCCGCAGAUUGCCAUUUGCAUUUUUUGUAUAUGUGGUUCCACAAGGUCACCUGAUCAGCAAAUUCUACUGUUUAUUCCUCAUUUGUUUUGGGGUUUGCCCUUUUAAUUUAAGGAGUUGUAAGCGAAGUUCAGUAGGAGUGCCAUUGUAGUGGUGUGAUGCCCCAGUCCCCCAGCUCUUUAGUCAUUUAAUCCCAGAUAGAGUAAUCUACAUUUUUAACAUUGUCUUUGACCACGUCCUCGUUAUUUAAAAGAUGGGAAGUAAUGGACUUGAUACAUAGAAAAUACCCAUAGUGAAAGUAAUUGGGCUUGAGAAAUUAAAAAUACCCGGGUGCAGAAGGCUUGCUAUGGUAGCAGGUUCUCUUCCUUUAUAAGGUGUAGGCCUUGGGCCUGUUGGUUUUCUUGUGGAAAUUUGCAUCACAUUUUCUGUUGUACAUCUCCAUGGUCUUAAUUUGUUUUGUUUGCUUACACGUGUGUCCUGUGUAGUCUAAAUUUUAAAAGUGGACAAAAGUUUGCAUCUGUAAAAUGUGGAUGUUUUCAUGGAACUUGGGACUAUUAAAGAGUAGAAGCAGUUGCAUUCCUAGCUGAAUGCUGCCAUUAUGCAGUAGAGUAAUGGCAGAAUUUUGUGUGAAGGUUAAAGCUUUGUGUGUCUUGCGUCUAUGGUUAUACUGGCCUAAGAGUUCAGGAUUAUUGCAUACUGCUACCAACCAUCCAUGGUGUGGUACUCUGUACUACUUUAACUAUGGCAAACCUGCAGCGGAACAUGAUGACUUUGAGAAAUAUUGCCAUAUUUUCAUGGCUUGCACUUGGUUUGAAAUGAAGUUUGCAGAAGACCUGUUGAUGAAGUAAAUGUUAGUGUUAAUAAACAAUUGUAAAAACUGUUUCCAUUUCCUUUUUUAAAUAAAUACGUUUUUGACAA